GGGCGGGCCUUGUCCCCCCGCUGCAGCAGCGGUCUGAAGCGCCGCAGCAGUGUGCUGUGGAGAAGCGCAGCGUUGGGCGGUUCCGUUGAAGAUAUAGUUUCAGUCAAGAUCUGAAGACGAAUUCAAAUAUAAUCAUCAAACAACUUCCUCCUAGUGUUCAGUAGCCAGGGUCUAGCUUAGCAAUGAACAGGAUAAGGAUCCAUGUGUUGCCGUCGAGCCGCGGGCGUGUGAGCCAGCCGCCCCGCCCCCAGGAGCCCAUGACCUGCGCCUUCACCCAGAGGCCCUGCUCCCAGCCCCGGCUGGACGGCCUGGAGUUCUGCAUCAAACAUGUGCUGGAGGACAAGGGCGCCCCCUACAAGCAAUGCAGCUACGUCUCCACAAAGAACGGCAAGCGCUGCCCCGGCGCCGCCCCGAAGGUGGAGAAGAAAGACGGAGUGUCGUUCUGCGCGGAGCACGCCCGGAGAAACGCCAUGGCCCUCCGAGCUCAGCUCAGGAAGAGCUCUUCAGGGCCUUCCCCGGAGGCCCUGCUGGCCCAGCUCAGUGGGUACAGCCGCUCAGACGGCCUGGAGGGCGGCCGCAGCCUGGAGGACGGCCGCAGCGAGGCUAGCCGCAUCCUGGACGAGGACAGUCUGAGCGAGGAGGAGCCGGUGCCCUUGGUGCUGGACCAGACGUGGAGAGGAGACCCUGACAGUGAAGCAGACAGCAUAGACAGUGAUCAUGAAGACCCUCUCAAACACGCAGGGGUAUACACGGCGGAGGAGGUGGCGCUGAUCACACGGGAGAAGCUCAUCCGGCUGCAGUCGCUCUACAUCGACCAGUUCAAGCGCCUGCAGCACCUGCUUAAGGAGAAGAAAAGACGGUACCUGCACAACCGCAAGGUGGAGCACGAGUCCAUAGGGAGCAGCCUGCUCACCGGCCCCGAGGGCCUGUCCCUGAAGGAGCGGGACAACCUGAAGAAGCUGAAGGCGCUGCGCCGCUACCGCCGGCGCUACGGGACGGAGGCGCUGCUGCACCGGCAGCUGAGGGAGCGGAGGCAGGCCGCCACGGAGGGCGCCCCCCAGCCCUACAACACGAUCACGGUGUACGAGAAGUGCAUCUCCUUCGUGGAGGGGACCCGCUGUACCAAUCCCAGCCUGCCUCUGACCCGGCACUGCGUUUCACACAUCCAUCAGGACGGCAGCCAGGUGCUCUUCAAGCUGUGUCCGGGCGUGAAGGAGGUCCCGUGCAACCGCACGGUGCACAUGGGCCAGUCGGAGGAGCCGCGCUGCCCCCUCCACCUGACCCUCCCACCCCCCAUGUACCAGCCCGAGCAGGCGCCGCCCCCGCAGGUGCAGCUCACCCCUGCGGCCAGAGACAUGUACCUGAGUGCUGCCGAGCUCCAGCCCACGGAGAGCCUGCCCCUGGAGUUCAGUGAUGACCUGGAUGUGGAAGGGGACGGGAUGCAGGGGCCCCCCUCUCCCCUGCAGUUUGACACAGCCCUGGCCCUGGAGGACCAGAGCAUCAGGGCCAUCGCCGAGGCGCCCAUGGACAUCCUGACGGAGGGCGGGGGCCUGGACGCCACGGGCCCAGAGCUGAGCGAGGGGGACAUGGACGCCAUCAUCCAGGACCAAGUCAACGCGCUGAUGGGAACGUACCUUUCAUCUGCACUAUCCACCGUCUUUGUCACUGAUCCAUACAUUUAUUUAUGACCUUGGAUUCUGCAAAUGUUACCUUCUAAUGUCAAAUGGGUGCUGAUUUAAAACAUAGUAUUAAAAUCCACAAAUGUCGGGAAGCGUGCGUGACACAAAACGUCACAACGCUGACUCGACCGACGUUUAGCAAAUAUUCCUGUUGACUUCUGAUUAUAGCAUGUCUGCCUUGUUUCCAUGGCUACCGGCAGUGUUUAUAACUCAGCCCUCUGCUCACAUCCUGUAGGCGGUGUCAGAGGAGGCCAGAGGAGACGACACUGAAGAGAUGAGGACCCCUGAAUCCUGUUUCCUCUCAACCAUCUCAUCGACGAAGAGCAUCUCGUUUUGAUUUAGAUCUGGCCAGCUAUGGCAAUGUCUACAAUGUAGAUCAGUUUCUCCUUGACAACCAUUUACUAGGCCCGUUCUACACGGUUACCGUUAUGAAUCAUCUGUUCUGUCUGGUUUGGUGUAUUUAAUUUGUUGUUGAUGGCUGUUCAGAUUUUACAAAUAAAUGUAUUAUGCCAUGC